AUGAAGCCUUUGGAUUUAGCUCUUCUUGUUCCAGCAUCAACAACUUUGGUAUUAGCUGAGAUUCACAGAAAAUAUAUCUUUGCUGGCCAUGUUAAUGCCUAUAUGAAGACAUUGAUUGAAGACGAGCUUGAGAAGUACCAAACUCACUUCAGCCUAUAUAUCAAGAAAGGGAUAGAAGCUGAUGGAAUUGAAGAACUUUACAAGAAGGUUCAUGCUGCUAUUCACGCCUAUCGCUCAAUCAUGAAAAAUGUAAAAUGUACUGAAGAUGUGUAUUGUCUUUCGAUCAGGUACAACUUGAAGAAGCUCACUUAUGAUGAGAGAAGGACAAAGUUGAUUGCUCGCUUGGAGGCACUAAAUUCUGCCGUGGAUGAAGACGAGGAUGAUGAGUGAAUUUGAGUUGGGAGUGGAGUCAAUUGUCAACUUGGAUUUUCAUUUGUACUGUCUUUCAUUUAUAUUUACACUUUGUGGUUUUCUGCCACAAUUUAACCAUGUGUUUG